UCGCCAAAAGCUGCAAAGCCUAGCUGUGGGGAGAGGGAAGAGUUGCGAGCAGUUGGCAGUAUGGCUUCCAUCCGUGGCCUCUGCAUCAAUGAUGGGUAGCCAUAAAGCCUAUAAAACUUAUGUUGUGCCCCCUCCUUCCACAAGCUUUACCUUUCUAAACAUGCCCGGCUUGUGUCUCUGCUGUGUGAAUGUCCGAAAUCAGUCGAUAAAUCGAAUUCAAAUCAUCACAACUGGCAGCUUUGGUCACUGUCAGAAAUAGUUCACAGGCCAUUCUUUCCAUCUUCAUCAUGGAUCAUCCUAGUUCUCCCCAAGUAUCCAUUUUGGACAUCUUCUUCCCCGGCUUCACCGGCGUCACGGCGGUGCUACAUCAGCUUCUCAAUGGAAAUCUGGACAGCUAUGCUGGCUUUUUAUGCAUCUGCGGGAUGCUGGUAGUCUGUGGCAGGUACAUAUGCCGAAACGUGGGAGGCUUCGUGUCCACUUACUUCACUUCGAGAAUAGAAGUUCACGAUCCAGAUGAGGCGCACAACAUGCUUGAAUCAUGGGUCUCUGCCCAGGCGUUCGCCAAAGACGCCCCUUCCUCGCUUGCUAGUGUUGAUAGCAGGAGAGGAAAAGCCCUCGCCCAUUUCAAAUCCGACAUCGCGGCUAAGAAACCCCUUCGUUUCACACCUUGGGGAGAACGACUGUCUUUCUGGUACAAGGGGUGUCUUCUCACUUUGAAGUACACGGAAAACGAAUCCGCCUUGUUCCCGCGCAAGACGAUGACGGUUUCCUGCAUCGGCCGUUCUUCAAAGAUCCUUCGUCAGCUUAUGGACGAAUGUCGACUCCAAUACUUGAGACUUUCCGAGGACAAAACUUCCAUCUUCGAGCAUCGCAAUAACGGCUGGAAAAGGACCAUUACUCGAGACAUCAGACCGAUCGAUACCGUGGUCAUGAACGAGGAGCUGAAGGAGAUGCUUCUUGCGGACAUUCGCUCAUUCCUCGACCCGAAAGCGCGAGUCUGGUAUGCUAACCGAGGAAUACCCUACCGGCGAGGGUACCUCUUAUAUGGUUGCCCUGGAACUGGAAAGUCGAGCCUCAGUAUGUCCAUCGCCGGCUGUUUCGGGCUGGACAUCUACGUACUUAGUCUUGCCGGCAUCAACGACGUGCAACUUAGUGCCUUGUUCACCGAGCUUCCGCAGCGUUGUGUCGUCUUACUUGAAGACGUCGACGCAGUCGGAACGACACGAUCCCGGGAGGCCGACACUGAUGAGUCCGACUCUCGAUCAGAGGCAUCAAGAGGUUCAUCCAAGACGCCCGGGACUCUUUCGUUGUCUGGACUCUUAAAUGUCCUCGACGGCGUGGCUUCGCAGGAGGGGCGUGUUCUCAUCAUGACGACAAACCACAUAGAGCAUCUAGAUGAUGCUCUGAUACGACCUGGCCGCGUCGACAAGAAAAUCGAGUUCCAACUUGCCGAUUCCGAUGUGAUCUCAAAGCUGUUCCGUACUGUAUUUGAACAGUCAGAAGAGGAGCUGCCUGAUGUGGAGCAGCGAGCCAAGAACAACCAGGAAGUUCAGCGGUUGGCGAUUGAGUUUGUAGGCGUGGUACCCGAGUUGGAAUUCAGUCCAGCUGACAUCCUUUCUUUCCUCUUCGCAAACAGGGGCUCUCCCUCGGGCGCUUUGAGUAAUGCGGAGAGAUGGGUUUCCCAAACCAAAGGGAAAGUAGGGCUGAGACGAAAUACCUCUUGGGUUCACAGUGAUUGAGUUCGGGGCGUGCUGCAUAUACACUUCUUAGUGCUUUUGGAUUUUCAAUUACUGUCACUUCUUAUUAUGUAUAUCAAUCUAGGAAACCUAUCGAUUUAGGUACUUAGACCAGCCCGACCGAUCUUUCUUCGCCCUUGCUCUAACC